UAUUAAAUGCAGCUUGUAGUGGGUGUCGGCGAGCAGAAUGAGAGAGAACACCAAAUAGAACACGAGCCGGUGGGGACCGUGUAACCAGCCACAGCACACUGCAGAUCAUUACAACAUUCAGGGCCAUUCGAACGCAAACAGUUGCAGAUUGCCGUCAUGUGGUGGUCCUUUCGGAGACCCCUCUGAAAAAUACAGCUUCGCCGAAUUAAUUCCCGCAUCAUGUGAUCAGAGUACACAUUCCAGUAGAAAGUCCAGCAAGGAAUACACUUUUCGAUAUGACAGUGUUUCUCAUAAGAUGCGACCGUUUCCAUUUGAGCUCCGUACGACUGUUCGAGGCGAACGCCAACUGACCAGAGGCGACGGGAAGGGCGAUGGGAUCGGUGGAGUGUCCGGUGUUUCGCGGCAACGCCAGCUUCGUCUGCAACACGAGCCAGCAAAGUGUGUGGGGAGGACGCCUGCUCCCUCAGCCUUACUCACCUCGAAGUACCGCGGCUAUCGCCACUGCCGUCAGCUUUAUCAUCGUGUUCACGAUCAUUGGGAAUAUACUGGUCAUCAUUGCUGUCCUGACCAGCAGGUCGUUGCAAGCCCCCCAGAACCUCUUCCUGGUCUCCCUGGCUGCCGCGGAUAUCCUAGUGGCCACGCUGGUCAUGCCCUUUUCUUUAGCCAACGAACUGAUGGGUUACUGGUACUUCAAGAGGAUUUGGUGCGAAAUUUAUCUGGCGUUAGACGUCUUGUUCUGCACUUCCUCGAUUGUCCACCUCUGCGCGAUAAGCCUGGACAGAUACUGGUCAGUUACCCAAGCCAUCCAGUACAACUCCAAGCGAACACCCAGGAGAAUCCGCUGUGUGAUUCUGACAGUCUGGCUCAUCGCUGCAGUUAUCUCCUUCCCGCCUCUCAUCUCCAUGAACAAAAACCUUGGCGAAAACGAGGUGCCCGUCUGUAGUCUGAAUGACGAGAAGUGGUACAUCUUGUCUUCGUGUAUCGGCUCUUUCUUCGCUCCCUGUGUCAUCAUGAUUCUGGUUUACAUAAGGAUUUACCAGGUGGCCAAACAGAGAACGAGGCAGCCUCCCGGCAGCAGGCAGCCAAAGCAAGGCGCAUCUUUGAGCCCCAGUUGGCCUGGGAGGGAGACCAAGCCCAAGGUCGCGGAGAAAGCUCCGUCCUCGGGUCAUGGAGGACGUUGCAGUGAACAGAAGGCGCGUAGAAGCGAAGGUCAGCUCGGUUCCACCAAACUGCUCCAUCAGGGUGAGAGCAACUCGACUUCCAAAAGGGAAGGAGAGCACUCUGUGGGGCGAGGGAAGCCUCGGACGCCAAGCACAGUCAGGUCGAAAGGCACCCAGAACAGAGAGAAGCGUUUCACUUUUGUUUUAUCUGUCGUCAUUGGUGUUUUUGUUCUUUGCUGGUUCCCGUUUUUCUUCUCCUACAGCCUGACUGCUAUCUGCCCAGCCACAUGCUCUGUACCACCUGCCAUCUUCAAAUUCUUCUUCUGGAUCGGCUAUUGCAAUAGUUCCCUUAACCCGGUUAUUUACACCAUAUUCAACCAGGAUUUUCGAAUGGCUUUUAAAAAGAUCCUUUGCCGAGAACAAAGAUCUGUCUACACAGUCUAGUCCGCAGGUUUCGGGCCGCAUGGUCGGUGCCCGGACAGCGAGAAGUUUAUUACAAACUAAAGUUUUGCAAACGAAUGGCAUGUGACUGUACGAACGAGUGUCUCAUCACGGCUGAUGUUAUUCUGAAUUAACGAAAUAAAUGGUCUGCUGUUGAAAGGAAAUGCUCCAAAAUGAAAUGAUUGCGCUUGAUUCAGUGUAAAAUCUGGAACGAGAUCAAGGGGAGCGCAAAAUCCUGCCCGUUCCCAUGGAGCUGAUAUUGGAGUGGGGUGCACUUUGGAAUUUCGGCUCGCUCUCGCUUUUUCAGGCAGGUUCGAGGGCGAAAGUUUGUUCUCCUUUGGGCAUUCUAUCGGCCGCUGGAAAUCCUUCCUUUCUCACAGGGAAGGUAGAUUUUUCACGCCUUGCACAAUGUCUCUACCCUCUGUAAAAUUGCUGCCGACAUGUCAUAAACUUUACAGAACUACAAUUUUGAUUUAAAACCACAUUUCAUUUGUUCCUGUCCAAGUUAUAACGCCAGAACUCACUGUACAUCACGUCAAUCAGUAAUCCAUUUAGAAUAUUGAAUAGUGUGUUCAAUGCGGGGUAGAGACACAAACGGUCUUACACACUUCAUUUUUAGAAAUAAUUCGAAUGAAAGGGAUUUCGUGGCGUGAGAAGUUGCUUUGGCGCUCAAUAAGUAGACAGUGUCAUUUCGUACUCCGAGCCGUGUAAUCAUGGAAAAUCUUAUUAAACGGGACGUUGUUUUAAAUCCGAGACUGUUCACAUCUGUAUUUUUUAAAAACAGAGCCAGAUUUUAACUGUACUGUUGCAGGGCUCUCCAAACGACUUCUAAACAUCAGAAAUGGGAACGGGAGUGCACCGUUUCGACCCGCCGAGCACUGAAUUUCAGAAAUCCCGAGCGGAAGGGCAACGGCAAACAAUCUGCCGUGAAAGUAUGCCUCGAAAGAGCACGGUCAGUAUGGAAUGGAUACCAGCGUUUUGGGUCCUGUAUAGAGAGGCUCCAACAGUAGCCGUGGCGCGCUGUGAAGCGGCUUUGUUGAGAUCGAAGUAUACAUUUGGAAAGACCAUCUUAUUUCAUUCCAGGGUGAAAAGGAGAGAGUUGUUAUCAGGCACACGGUAAUUUAUUUAAGAUUCCGGACCAUCUUUGAUAUACGCAUAUAUAACAUUACACUCGAGAGCUUUCGAAUUCCAAGCAGAAGCAGAUUCAUUGUGCCUGGAACCUGACUGUGCAAAUCUAGAGUUCGAAACAAAGGAGAACGGCGUGAGGUCGCUUAGCCCAUGGAUCUGUGCCAGCUUGCUGGAAGAUCACAGAAGUGGUGUGGCUCGCCUUUUAUCGGUAGCCCCGUAAGUUCUUUAUCCGUAAGUAAAUAUCCAAAUCACUUUGAAAGCAAUUGACGGAAUCGGCUUCCCCUAACGGUUCAGGUCAAACUGUUCAUUCCCUGGAAGUCCGGGUAGAAGGAAAAUCUCGGACCCAAGUUGACGAUUUUAAAACUGUCGUCUUUGGUUCUUGGCCCACAGUCAGAGAGACGUUUUUCUCAAUCUACUCAUCAAAAUCUCUCAGCCAUAACACCUUUACGAGGCAUAAUGCCGGGCGUUGUCAUGGUGAGGUGGUUGGGAUGGUAUUCUCAAAUACACAGGUCCUUGGGUUCUGGUCUCAACUAACACAAAGAACUGCGGACGCUGAAGAUUUGAAGCAAAAGCAGAAAGUGCAGCAGAAACUCAGUAGGUCUGGCAGCCUGAGUGGAGAAAGAGAAACAGAGUCCAGGCACCGUUAUUCGGGCUUUACUUUCUGUCCCCACAAAUGCUGCGAGAGCCGCUGAGUUUCUCCAGCACGUUCUUUCUGUUUCCUGGCUCUGCUGAUCCUUUCCAAGUCCGCCGCAAAGAGCAUCCUGCCAGCACCGAGUGUCAAAGGAUAACCGGGCGGAAAACUAUAUCCAGGGUCCGGUCAUAAUUGCGCGAAAAAGGAAAGAUCGUACUGACAAUUCAAAACACGAAUUCCUUGUGACCCCGGAGUUCCGAUGUUUGCGCGAUCCUGCAGAGGAAAGGUAGACCGCAGAGUUUGGAUAUUGGUUAUCGGUUGUCAUUUUACAAUAUGACAGCAACCAAACACCUUUCAACAGCUGGCAAUGCAUCUACCAUCCGACUGAUCUAUUUUUGGUUCAAAUUCUCAAGAAUGUCAUUGCAGAGCAUCAGUCAGCAACAAACCCUGCAAAUUCGCUUGCAGCAUUAAAACAGGGCCAGGCUAUGCCAAGUUUGGCGUUCAGUCUUCACUAGUGUAUCCAGUAAGAAUUUUCCAAACUGAAGAUCUGAUGUUGUUGCAUGGGUGAAUCUACCUUAGAAUCUAGUGGACAAUGUCUGAUUGUGACUUCUGUUAGAUUCAGGCAAAUUCAGUGCCCACAGACUGAUGAUGGGGGCAUUAAUACUGGACUGGCAUCCUCUGAGAAUUUCCAGCAUGGUUGAAAAUGUGUACAUUGCAGUAAAUGAGUUUGAGUUUGAGACGGGUAUCAGCAUCAAAAACCUGUGAUUGUCGCAUUACAGGCCACAGCUGGUAUCACAGUCACAAAAAGACAUUUUUGAAGGGCAGGGGCUUCUACUCCACAGCACCACUCAGUCAGGUUGGGCACAAAUCUUAGGACAGGAAGAAAGUAUUUUUCUGGCAUUCCUUUGAAAAUUCUUGGUUUGAAGUCAUCAACUAUGUUUGUGCACAACAAGGUGUAUUGUCAACGCUUAUGCUCCUCUCUUUCCAAAUUAAAUCUCAGCAUUUUCAAAUGAACUGACACAUAUCCGCAAUGUACAAUAGCCACAGUGCAGUACAAGUGCUUAAAGAUGUUUGUCUCAAUAAAAACUGUUCAGUACCACAUACACAUAUAAAAAUUAAGAAUAGCAGUACUGCACGCAGCAACAACCAACAUUUGUUAAGUGCCUUGAACAUCAUAAAUUGUUCUCAAACAAUUCUCUGGGCCAUGACAGAACAAAAAAUGAUUUUGAGUCACAUAAGAAAACACUAGAUGAGAUUAUCAGAACCUUGGACAAAGAAGCAGGUAUCAUGGAGGGAAAGCAAGGGAGACAGGGCAAGAUGAGAAAUUAUUUCAGAGCUUGGAGUCAAGGUAGCUGAAGGCAUGCUUGUAAUGGUUGUACAAAUACUACUGGGGGGCCAGAGGAGGACAGAGUUAGAGGAGUGUAAGAGUGUUAGAGGAGACAGCUGUGAGAGUGGAAGAGAAUGCAGAGAUAAGACAGGGCGAAGCCAUGGUCAAAUUCGUAAAGAAAGUAAUUUCAGGACACAGGCAGCAAAGUUUUAGAUUAUCUCAAGAUUCAAAGGGUAGAAUACUGGAGAAAAGGCAGAAGUGCAUUGAAUGGUCACAUUUAGAUGAAAUAAAGGGAUGGACAUGGUUUCAACAGCAGGUGGCCUGAUAAAGAAGUGAGGUUGAGUAUUGUGACAGAGGUGGAAAUGGAUGGUCUUAGUGAUGGCAUAGAUGUGGUCUAAAGCUCAUCCAGGAAUCAAAUAUGACAACACAGUUGCAAACAGAUUGGCUUAAUCUCAGUUACCAUGGAGAGGAAUUGAUUUGGUCCCUAAGGAAACAGAUUUUGGACUGGGGAUUGAAAAUAAUAGCUUCAGUCUUCACAAUAUUAUUAUCAGUGGAUAUUUCUCCUCAUUUAGGACUGGUUGUUGGAUAAGCGGUCUGAUAAUUUAGCAACAGUGGAGGAAGAUGAUGGUAGGUAGACUGGGAUAUCCUUAGUGUACACAACCAGACUAUUCAGAUAAUAGUGUGAAGCUGGAUGAACACAGCAGGCCAAGCAGCAUCUCAGGAGCACAAAAGCUGAUGUUUCAGGCCUAGACCCUUCAUCAGAGAGUUGAUGUCACCCAGAGGCAGCAUGAGGAUGAGAAAUAUGAGGGUACCUAGGGUUGAUCCUUGGAGGGGGUGCUGUGUCAGAAUGGAGAAAGAUGGCACUGCAAGUGAUUCUUUCACUAUGAAUAGGAAUAAAAAUGGAAACAGGUGAAAGCAUUUUCAACCAGCUGGAUAACAAUAGAAAUAUUGGAAGGUAAUACUGUGUUCAACAGUGUUAAAGGCUCCAAAAAUAUCAAAAAGGAUAGGGAGAGAAAAUAUACCUUUGUCACGGUAACAUAAAAUGCCAUUGAAGGCAUGGAUGUCUAUGAAUGAGAGCUUUGAGAAACUAAGGCGUUUUUCGUGAAUUAAAUAUUUUGAGAUCUGAUGGAAAUCUGAAAAUUGUAAAGGUUUUUGAAAAGAUAAAUGGGGAAACAAAAAUAAUUUACAUUUAUAUUGCACUUAAUCACUUCCUGCUUCAUUGCAAAGAAUUGAACAGAAAGGAAAAUUAACGUAGAGCUAAAUGACAUGAUCAGAUGUUGCCCAAAGAGGUAAAUUUUGUAGAGUGUCAUAAAUGAAACAUUAAUUUGCUUGCGAACAUCUUGUCCUAGAUGAGCUAAAAUUUCUGCCAAUGGGACACUGGAAAUGCUGAAGCCAUUAUCUUUGGUCAUAUCAUGAACCUCUUCCCCUGGUUACUGAUACUACCCUCUUCCCUGACAAUUGUCCAAAUUAGACUCUAACUGUUCAAAACUCUGGAAUGAUAUGUGAACAUGACCUGCAUUUCUAAUCCAUACCCACUUCAUUACAAAGGCACCUUAGUCAUAAGGCAUUUUCCUGCCUCAGACCAUCUACUGUUGAAAACAUCAUCCAAUCCAGAUUCAAAUAUUCCAAGAUGGACUACUAUUCAAAGUCUUCACUGUCUAUACUAAAAUUUGUGAGCAAUUCCAUGCUCACAUGCUCAUCUAUGCUCACAUUGUCUUUAGUCCAGCAAUACUUUGCAUUUUGAGAUUCUCAUCCACGUUCAAAUUCCUCCAAUACCUUACUCAUUUGGUUACCUGUAACUUCCUUAUCCCUAAACAUUCUGAGAAAUCUGCAGUGUGUCAAAACUCUGCUGUGUCCAUAGUUUGUCAUUUGGUAAAGAUCUAGGUUAGGUUAUGAAAAUGUGGGUGUUGGUUCCAUGGUUUGUUUCAUCUGGAGUCAUAAUAUAAAUGCAGAAGCUGGUGAAAAUGGUUGAUGACUUCUCCACUUUGAAGUGCAACGGUAAGAGAACAGCACUCAUGGAUCAGUCUGCUGAAAAUAGGUGCAUUGUCAAAUGCAAGUCAGUACCAUUAAUCACACAUUCUUUUCAUUAAUCACAUACUGUACUCCUUUCAUCCAGCUUAUUCCAGAAUCAAGUCUUUUUUGGAUGGUACAGAGAAAAUAGCUCAGUAAUUCAGUAAUUGACUUGCACCUUUUAGCUGGGAGUUCAAACCUAGCUCUGAGUGAGAGGAUGGCUCAGUGUGACUGUUACAUAUCCAAAGCAAAAAUUAGGGAUUCACAGCAUCAAAUGCUGUCAGAUAGAUUGAGCACAAGGGUAAGAAAUGUCCUGUGUGCUUUUUUCAUGGGUUAAUGAUCAGUAAAAUAGCAGAUGGGUAUUUGUCCACUGACAUAAACCAGUAUAUUAAAACAUUUAUCCCUCCCUACCCCAUGAUUAUACAUCCUUUCAUUCACUCCAGUUUGGCGCAAUCAGUUGCACAAUCUAAAUAGGUUUGCUUUUGUAGUCCUCUGAGGAUAUUAUUCAAGAACUUUGUAACAAAGAGAGGUAGUUAAACCCUUCACCUCUGAGAUAGCAAGGUGUAGAGCUGGAUGAACACAGCAGGCCAAGCAGCAUCUCAGGAGCAGAAAGGCUGACCUUUCGGGCCUAGACCCUCUCAGUUAGGUCACUGAAAGAGCAUUUUGAUUUGGUCCAUUACAGCCUUUCAGAUGUUACUCUUUAUUCCUAUUUAUUCUUGAAAGCUGUUCUGGACUGCCUUCCAUCUUGCAAGGAUAAGUGCUUAUUUGCAUGAUGGAAUGCAAAAAUACACCUGAAGUUGACUGGAUUUAUAAAAUACAAAAGCAGCAAGAUGGGAUAGCAGUAAAGUUCCUGCGAUAUUUUGCAUUUAGUUAGCCUCUCCCAGAAAAGCAAGUUACAAGCUGCAAGCAAAUGGUUGAAGUUAAGUUGAAAGUUACUGAUUGUGUUUGAAAUGUCACAUUUAAAAAAGUUAG